AAAAAUUAAAAAAAGAAAACCCUAACAAUAAUGAAGCGAAAAACCCUGCUUAAAAAUGUGUUUACAGCUUGCAGAAGCAACAACUGCCAAAGCAAAACCCUUUUUUUUCUUCUUCUUCUUCCCGCCUCUUCUCCUCUUCAGCGCCCCUUUCUCUUCGUUUUGCUCUUCAAUUCGACGAAACCCAAACACCAAACAAAGAAAAACUGUGAAAUGCGUUUGAAGGAUGCAGAAACUGAUAAGAAGAAGAAGAAGCCCUUCUGGCUGUCCCCUUAAUCCCUCUCUUCGUUUUCUUUCUCUUUCUCUCUCUCUUCCUUUCUCCUUUCCUACAAGUACCCCUUUUACUAUGCCCACUGCCACUGUCACUGGCUCAGCUUGCGGCUCAGCCGUCGUCGCUCUCACCACCAAAAACCCUUCCUUUUACCGCCGCUUUUACACCACUGCUACUUGCUCUCUUUACCGACCCAGUUUAAAUCCAAGCACCUGUCUGCGGGCUUGGCCUGGGAGGGUUGGGGUUCGGCCGGCUUGGUGCCAUUCGGCUGGGCCGGAGGAGCAGUUCGGUCCGAUUCAAGAGUCCAAGAGUUUGGGUGAAAAUGAAGGCAAUGAAGAGGAAGAGAAGCCGAUAAGGUUGAAUAGAAGGCAAAAGGGGUCAGGGGUUUUAGUUGGGAGUCCGGAUUUGUUGACGAUUCCAGGUGUGGGACCUAGAAAUUUGAGGAAGCUUGUCGAGAAUGGGAUUCAAGGUGUUGCUGAACUCAAGCAAUUGUACAAGGAUAAGUUUUUUGGAAAGGCUAGUCAGAAGAUGGUUGAGUAUUUGCAAAGUUCUGUUGGGAUUAUCCACAGAAAUCAUGCUGAGAGUAUAACAACUUUUAUUAAGGAGAGCGUGGAUGAAGAACUGAAGGAUUCAAACUCUGAUGUAAAACCAGCUGUAAAGAAACGGUUAACAUUCUGUGUUGAAGGGAAUAUCAGUGUUGGAAAGACAACAUUCCUUCAGAGAAUAGCUAAUGAAACACUGGAGCUACAAGAUCUUGUUGAAAUUGUUCCAGAACCCAUUGAUAAGUGGCAGGAUAUUGGACCUGACCAUUUCAAUAUCUUAGAUGCAUUUUAUGCUGAACCACAGAGGUAUGCCUAUACCUUUCAAAAUUAUGUCUUUGUUACAAGGGUUAUGCAGGAGAGAGAGUCAUCUGGUGGAAUUAAGCCGCUUAGGUUGAUGGAAAGGAGCGUUUUCAGUGACAGGAUGGUGUUUGUACGAGCUGUUCAUGAAGCAAAUUGGAUGAAUGAGAUGGAGAUCAGCAUUUAUGACUCAUGGUUUGAUCCAGUUGUAUCAUGUUUGCCGGGGCUUAUUCCUGAUGGUUUUAUCUAUCUAAGGGCAAGUCCUGAUACAUGCCAUAAGAGGAUGAUGCUGCGAAAGAGAGCUGAAGAGGGUGGGGUGAGCCUAGAUUAUCUCCGUGACUUGCAUGAAAAGCAUGAGAGUUGGCUUUUCCCUUUCGAUAGUGGAAAUCAUGGAGUACUGUCUGUUAGUAAGUUACCCCUCCAAAUGGAUAGCUCUCUGCAUCCUGAUAUCAGAGAUCGAGUGUUCUAUUUAGAGGGUAAUCAUAUGCAUUCUAGUAUUCAAAAGGUUCCUGCUUUGGUACUUGACUGUGAACCCAACAUUGAUUUCAGCAGAGAUAUUGAAGCAAAGAGACAGUAUGCACACCAAGUUGCAGAGUUCUUUGAAUUUGUGAAGAAAAAGAAAGAAUUUUCAUCCACUAAAGCUGGUGAAGAAGGCCAAGUGGGCAGUCAACCUCAGAUUUUACUGCCCCAUACCGGUGGAUUAUGGGUAGCAGAUGGAAAACAUUUCCCAGAUUCCGCUCUCAAAUCACUAGAAUUCCGGCGAGCCAUGUCAUACAUGUCAGGCUUAGGCUAGUCAGUUGUUGCUGGCCCCUUUUUCUUCAUCCUAAUCACGGUUUCGCGUCUAGAUUUAACUGUUAUUGUUGGUUGUGAGUCUUGUGGUUCUGGGUGCCAUGCCUCGUGUAAAAAUGUCUUUUAACCAUUAACCUUUAGGAAUUUAGAGAUUGUUGUUAUGCUUGUUGGAUGGCUUUGGUUGGGUAAAUCUUACUUUCUAUUGCUCUUUCUAGGAAGUAGCUUUGUUUAAAUGCGUUCGGUGUAAUGGUUUUCAAUGGAAUGAUGCUUUAAGAAUUCAGAUCCUUGAUGAUAACCGAGUAAACCGAUUUGCUGAAAUACAAAGAAAAGCUAAAUCU